AUGGGUGGAACGUCAAGCUCUACUCAGCAUGCAACAGUGUUACCAUUGUCUCCCCUACCUAAAUGCUCUCCCCAACACCAAUGCACUCCUAUUGAGCACUUCAUCUUCCAAGUCAUGAAAGAAGCCCCGCUUCUCUUCUGUCUCCCUGACAACCCAUACUUCCUUCCCAAGGUUUUGGGAUGCCAUGCUGUUCAAGAAGCGACAUUUUCCUAUUGUGGCUGGAUUUUCGCACAACACCUCUGCAAUCGUCUUGGCCCAGCAUAUUUUCAGCUAAAAGGUGUGUUGAAUGAGAACGACGCGGCGCAUGCAGAGGUGCAGAAUGACAUCAAGCCCAGGUUCUGCAAAGAAAGCUUUACACAUGAAAGUAUUGUGCAAGUUAUUCAUGCCCACCCCGAUCUUGCAAGUCUUUAA